CCUGACGGGGUCAAACACGGCGAUCGAGCGCGGUACGGCAGCGACAUGCCUGAGUGCCUGAGACAGCCGGCGGCAGAGGAGGACAGAGACAUCAUGAUAUCUACGCCCACCUCGUCCAGGAUGGAGGAGGCAUGCCAGGAGCUGGUGCUGACCCCGGGUCAAAUCCAGGACGUGUACAGCAGUCUGCUGGCCCAGAUCAACCUGGGACUGGGCCGCGCCACCAACGCCCACGCCACCGUCAAGUGCUUCCCCACUUACGUCAAGGAACUACCCAACGGCCACGAACAAGGUCGCUUCCUGGCGCUGGACCUGGGCGGUACCAACUUCCGCGUGCUGCUCAUCCAACUGGCUGACGGGGACUUCAAGAUGGAGUCGCGCAUCUUCGCCGUCCCACAGAACAUCAUGGCUGGUCCGGGCGUCGGGCUGUUUGACCACAUCGCCGAGUGUCUGUCGGCAUUCGCGCAUGCGCAGCACAUCGAGAAAGAGGUGCUGCCGCUGGGCUUCACAUUCAGCUUUCCGUGCAGCCAGCACGGUCUGACGGAGGCGCGUCUGGUGCAGUGGACCAAGGGGUUCAGCUGCAGCGGAGUCGAGGGAGAGGAUGUCGUCCGCCUGCUGGAGGAGGCCAUCCAACGGCGUGGGGAUGUCCAGAUCAAGGUGUGCGCAGUGCUCAACGACACAACGGGGACGCUGAUGUCGUGCGCCUGGAAGAAGCACGACACUUACGUCGGCCUCAUCAUCGGCACGGGCACGAACGCGUGCUAUGUGGAGCGUCUGGAGAAUGUCGAGCUGUGGGACGGCAGCUGGGAGGAGCCGCGCCAGGUGCUCAUCAACACCGAGUGGGGCGCGUUCGGCAACAAGGGCGAGCUGGGCUUCAUCCUCACAGACUACGACCGAGAGAUCGACCAGCACUCGAUCAACCCCGGCCGGCAGCUGUUCGAGAAGAUGAUCAGCGGCAUGUACAUGGGGGAGCUGGUGCGCCUGGUGCUGCAACGCCUCACCAAGCGGGGCCUCCUGUUCGGCGGCCUGGGCUCGGACACGCUGGCCGAGAAGGGUACCUUCUUCACCAAAUACGUCACCGAGGUCGAAAGCGACACACCGGGCGACUACACCAACUGCCGGAUGGUGCUGGAGGAGCUGGGACUGGAGCACGCCACAGACGAGGACUGCGAGAACGUGCGCUACGUCUGCGAGAUUGUCUCCCGGCGGGCGGCCUUCCUGGUCGGCACCGGUCUGGCGGUGCUGCUCAACAAGAUGGAGAGGCCGAACGUGACGGUCGGCGUGGACGGCUCCGUCUAUAGGUUCCACCCGCACGUACACAACCUCAUGUGCGAACAGAUCAGCAAGCUCAUCAAGCCCGGCAUCAAGUUUGAGCUAAUGCUGUCGGAGGACGGCAGUGGACGUGGCGCCGCCCUGGUGGCUGCCGUUGCAAGUAGGACUGCUUCAUGAGCUCACCAGGUAACCGGAUCGCACCUUGGACAAGCCUCGAAGAUCCCCCCCCCCCCCCCAGCGCGCACACCACGCGGCCGUGUGCCGUAGGCGAGGAGCGUGCCAAUGGAUGGCACCAGAAUAAGCUUCACACCAGUGAACAAUAUCGCCGGCAGCUCUUGAUGAACUCGCAUUCCACGAUGUUGGCCGCCUGGCGGCUGCUGCAUGAACUAACGUUGCCUGGAGGUCCCCGCGGGAUCUGGUGGAUGCUGAGCGCCCUGCCUGGUGGUCAGUGCACAGUCGCUCCUGUUACUGCUGGAGAGGCCCUAGUUGCUUGAGUGGUUUCGUUGCUGCAGAGAUGAUGGUGUCAGUUGUUUUUCAGUGUAUUGGCCCUCCGUGGGCACGGUUGGUGAUAGAUGUUUUCACGGCUCGAUUUCAUAGGUCACUGUCGUGUACUGCCGUAAAUUCAUGACCGAUAUCUAUUCUUAGCUGUCUGUUGGCAGGCUGCAGCAGCCGAUGGAACGUAUUGUCAGCCCUGUGCCGUGCAUAGCUGCUAUUUUAAGGAGAUCGGUGAUGGAAUACAUAUUAUACCUCG